GGGACCAGCUGUGAUGACGCAGGUGAUGGUGACGGUGGUGGUGAUGGUGGUGGUGAUGGUGAUGAUGGUGUCUGGAGAGAUGGGUGAGAGAGAUAAGCGAUUUGUUUUUAUCAACACUGCGGCACCCAUAACCCUAGGUUUCAUGCUCAACAUGCCCUUCUCUCUGAUCCUGCCCACCAUUGAUCACUCAGACUUUGAUGGGCGGUCCUUGCAUCUGGGCACCCUGAUGGGAGAAGAUCUGAUGGCUGAAGAUCUGGAGUGGGAUGCUGCGUACGAGGAUGCUCUGACCAGACUCUUCUCUACUUUGACCACUGCAGUACUGCCGGUGCUGUCGUGUCAGGAGAGACUGAUCUGUGAGCUGACAGCUGACCCUGACACUUUCCUGCCUGUCAGCCAGGUCUUUAUGAAGGAACUCAGACUUGUUAACGGGCCGGUCAGCAUGACUAACGACUCUCUCAUGUGGAGGUACAUGUCAGCUGCACGUCAGGGCUUCACCUCACCUAUUGGAAACUGUUCACUUCUCUACCCCAAGUGUCCUGUGCGUGCCCAGGACGUUAUUGACAUGUCUGUGUUGAAGGUAUGGCAAUAUAUCUCAACAAAAGUAAAUAUACACUUUUAUUAA